AAAUUUCCAUCUCAAAUAAUUUACCGCUCAUCUGUUUUCCAACUCGACUUUUUUUUUCAUUCAACCGGUGUUUUUGUUGUGGGUUGCAAAUUUUAAUUUUGUUAAAUUUUAUAUUUUAGUUGUGAAUUGUUCAAGCUGGUCAUCAAAUAUGAUUAAGAACGCUGUUACUCUUGUUACUGGUGGAGCAUCUGGCUUGGGUCGUGCCACCGCUGAACGCUUGGCCAAACAAGGAGCUCGUGUUGUAUUGGCUGAUUUGGGUAGCUCUAAGGGUCAUGAAGUUGCCAAAGAAUUGGGAGACAAUGUUGUUUUUGUUCCCGUCGAUGUAACCUCUGAAAAGGAUGUUUCAGCUGCUCUGCAAACUGCCAAGGAUAAAUUUGGCCGUUUGGAUUUGGCUGUUAAUUGUGCCGGUACUGCCACCGCUGUGCGUACUUAUAACUUUAACAAAAAUGCUGCCCACAGAUUGGAAGACUUCACCCGUGUUCUUAUGGUGAACACAGUUGGUACAUUUAAUGUGAUUCGCCUUUCAGCUGGUCUUAUGGGCGCCAACGAACCCAACCAAGAUGGCCAACGUGGUGUUAUUGUGAACACCGCUUCCGUUGCUGCCUACGAUGGCCAGAUUGGUCAAGCUGCUUACUCCGCUUCCAAGGCUGCUGUUGUUGGUAUGACUUUGCCCAUUGCACGUGAUUUGAGCACUCAAGGUAUUCGCAUUUGCACCAUUGCUCCUGGUCUCUUCAACACUCCCAUGUUGGCUGCUCUUCCCGAAAAGGUUCGCACCUUCUUGGCCAAGUCCAUUCCAUUCCCUCAACGUUUGGGCGAACCAUCCGAAUAUGCUCACUUGGUGCAGGCCAUCUUUGAAAAUCCUUUGAUGAAUGGCGAAACUAUCCGCAUUGAUGGUGCCCUCCGCAUGCAACCUUAAAAAGGUUAAUUCUAAUUUUUAAAUUCUCAAAAUAUUCAGAUUUGUCUACUUUUUUGAUUUUUACAAAGUUUUGCAUUUAUUUUAAAAUUUUCUUUGUUAUAGACGCUAAGUUCUACAAAAAUCAGUCCUUUGUGUUAUUUGCCAAGCAAAAUAACUCGUGUUUUUAAAACAAACUCAAUUCAAAAGGAUCAUUAUACUAAAUUAAAUAUAUAUCUACAUAUUUUCAUACAAAAUCAAAACCAAAA